CGCUUGCCCGCGGCUCGCUUCCGCUACCAGCGGCAGGCCGAUUACGAAUCCAAGUCAUUUAUGUUGCUCCGCUGACAUCUAAUCCACGACGGCGGCGGCGUUCUUUCUCCGCAAUUUGCGGGCACUUUUCGGAGCCAACAGCCAUCUCGAUUAAAGCGAGGUGACGCCGUCCGCGGCGGCGCAAGAACAAGCUCCAGCUGGACUGUCAGCAAUGGAAGCCGAGUUUCGGGAAAUCGACGAGAACCGGAUUUGGAGCGCCAUUUACCAGGAGAUUCGUCAGCAGUCGUGUGACCUGCCCUGCACGGUGGCCAAACUGCCUGAAAACAAGAGUCGGAACCGCUACCGGGAUGUUAGCCCGUUUGACCACAGCCGAAUCUGUCUGCAGCAGAGUGCCAACAACUACAUUAACGCCAGCCUAAUAACGGUCGAAGAGGCGCAGAGGAACUACAUCCUUACUCAGGGACCCCUACCCAACACAUGCGGCCACUUCUGGGAGAUGGUGUGGGAGCAGCGGAGUCGCGGUGUGGUGAUGCUGAACAGAGUGAUCGAGAAAGGAUCUGUCAAAUGCGCGCAAUAUUGGCCGCACGGACAAGAGGGGGAGGCGCUCUUUCAGGAUACCAACUUCAAGGUCAGCUUGCUUUCUCAAGACACCAAGUCCUACUACACGGUCCGUCGUCUCCAGCUGGAAAAUCUCUCGACACUGGAGGCACGUGAAGUUUUCCAUUUCCACUACACCACCUGGCCUGACUUUGGGGUGCCAGAGUCUCCGGCCUCCUUCCUUCAUUUCUUGUUCAAAGUGCGCGAGUCGGGUUGUAUGAAUUCGGACCGGGGGCCAGUGGUGGUGCACUGCAGCGCCGGCAUCGGACGCUCGGGAACCUUUUGCCUGGUGGACACCUGCCUAUUACUGAUGUGCGUCCGUAAUGACCCGUCCUCCGUGCGCAUCCGUGACGUUCUCCUGGAGAUGAGACGCCAUCGCAUGGGCCUGAUUCAGACUGCAGAUCAACUUCGCUUUUCCUACCUCGCCAUCAUUGAGGGUGCCAAAUACCUCCAGGGAGAUUUGUCAUCACAGGACUCCUGGAGGGGCUUUUCGCAGGAGGAAGACGAUCCGCCUGAAUUCACCCCGCCGCCUGCUCGCCCUCCUCCGAGAGACGCUGCGAAUGGCAAAGCGGAGCCGUUCUUUUGUCCCAAGAACGACGAGAUUGUCCCGCCGAUGGAACUCGGCGCUCCGGGGUAAUCCUUCUCAUUGAAUUCAAGCGAUUGCUCGUAGGACCG